GUUGCCUGCCACACUUUACGCGCAUGCGCUUUUUUAGGCUGGCAUUUCGUCAUGGCCGCUGACACGGGCUGGCCGGGCUGUGCGAAGAGUUUGAAAGGUGUCAUAUUGGACCUGUGUGGCGUCUUGUAUGACAGCGGGGAGGGCGACGGGACCGCCAUUCCCGGUUCCAUCGAAGCUGUGAAAAAGCUCAAGGCUUCCGACCUGCAGCUGCGCUUCUGCACCAAUGAGACCCAGGCCGCCAGAGACACGUUUGUCGCCAAGCUGCAGAGACUGGGCUUUGACAUCCUGGUGUCUGAGGUCUUCUCUCCUGCUCCUGCAGCCGUAGCUGUCCUUAAGGAGAGGGCUUUACGGCCUCACCUGCUUGUGUAUGAUGGACUUCUCCCCGAGUUUGACAGUGUUGACAAGACCAACCCAAACUGUGUGGUGAUCGGAGACGCAGCUGAAACGUUUUCCUACCAGAACCUGAACGAGGCAUUCAGGGUCCUUAUAGGCCUGGAGAAGCCAGUGCUGUUCUCUCUGGGCCAAGGGAGGUACUACAAAGAGACAGAUGGUUUGAACCUAGAUGUCGGGGCGUACAUGAAGGCUCUGGAGUAUGCCUGCGAUUUAAAGGCUGAAGUAGUUGGAAAGCCAUCCCCAACAUUCUUCCAGAGUGUUCUCAAUGACAUGGGCCUUCAACCGCAUGAGGCACUGAUGAUCGGGGACGAUCUGGUGAAUGACGUGGGCGGGGCCCAACGCUGCGGAAUGAAAGGCGUACAAGUCAGGACUGGCAAAUACAGGCCCAGCGACGAGAGCCACUCAACAGUGACGGCCGACGGCACUGUGGACGACCUGGCUCAGGCUGUGGACGCGAUCCUCAAACAAAGGCACUGAGCACAAGGCAGCAGACACUGGAAACUCUCCACUUACCGUGACCCUGGGUGAUACAGGCUAAUGUCUGGUAGUAUUUUACUCUUAAGUGAUGUUAUCAGAAGCAAGGGUGUACUGCAUCGAGGUAUUUCAAGUAAGAUGUCAAAGCAGUACGAAACAAAAAUACUGUGUGUCCUGUAACUAUCACAUCUCAUUAAACCUUGAAAUAUGGGAAACACCCAACCAUCUGAUGCUCCACGUAUAUGUGAAACUAACUAGAAUUAAACAUGCAGAACUAAUACUCAAGUCUACAAGAGAUACCUUUAACACGUUAGGGAUGCACUGUGUGUUUGUCAGUACAUGAUUGGCAUAGAUAAGAUACCUCAAAUGACAGCAAUGUGCCUGUAAUCAGCUGCCGACUGACAGGAGGGUAAAGCAAUGCUGUGUGUUCAGACUCCUGCUCAUGAUACGCUGUAUGAAGACUGUAUUCUAGAGACUGUAUUCUAACUGGAAAUGCACAAUUGACUUGCAGCAGUAUAGUGUACUUUAACAAACAUUGAUUAAUUAAGUAGCUGGUAUAUGAAAGUAAUGUUGCUGUCGCUCACUCUCUUAUAAUAAACCAAGGUGUAGCCUGGAAUGCAAGUAUUACAUCAAUAAAGCUAUUUUUUAUUUUA